AUGACUAUGUUAAGCAAAAAAUUUGAGAUUAAAUUUACUCCUAACAUUAUUUUUGUGCUCUAGUUAUAUAUAAUAUUUAUUACUAUCUUUUACUUGAAUAACUAUCCUGUGCUAGAAAUGAUUUACUGCUUACCAAUUAUAGCUUUCUUAUAGUUGAUUUAAUAUAUCCUCUUUUGGUGUCCUAAUGAAAAUUGCUUAGCAAUUUUCUUAACUCUUAAUAUAUGUUCUUUUGUAAUCAGCUUAGGUUUAUUUUUAGGUAUUUUUUUAGGGAUAUUUAAUUAAACAUUAAAGUACCAAUUUUAAGAAAUCUAAGGGUGUUCGGUCAUAGGAAAGUUUUCAACAUAUUUUGAAGAAAUUCCAAAUUCUUCAAGUGAAAAAUACUCAAUUCUAUAUAUUGACUUUUAGAUGGAUGGUCAAAAAUUUUUAGGUUACGGUUGUUUGUCUUCAGAGUCUUAAGGCACUAGUACAACAUCAAUUAAAUCACAUAACCCACUAGCAUUUAUGCAUUAUGGGGAAACCCAUUGUGAUUAAGGAUAAUGCUCUGCUCCAUAUAAAUUUAGUUAAGUUAAGCUACCUAGUUGGAUGUGUCUUCCAUUCAAUACUAAUUACGAGGAUUUAAUAAAGACCAAAAAUUGUUAUGUGCAUUUUUAUAAUAGUAGAAUUGAAAAAGGUUAAACCUAAGACUAAGCUUACUUAAAUUCUAAAAGUAGAAUAAAUGUUAGAAAUUUAGAACAAUUCGCAUUCAUAUCUUUCAAUAAGCUUAAUGUCCCUUUUUCUUAGUACUUUACUUUUUUAGUAUUUACUUUUUGUCCUUUUAUAUCCUCAACGAAUGUAUUAUUUGUAGGAUUAAUUGGAUAUUUAGAAAAAUAUAUUAAAUCUAUUACUAAUCAUAAUAAAUAAUAAGCAUAUAUUAAUGAAAUAGAAGUCAUGCCAAUGCCAUGA